GUUCUUCACGCUGAUGACAAGGUUCUUCACGCUGAGGACAAGGUUGCUUCACGCGGGGACAAGGUUCCUCACGCUGAGAACAAGGUUUCUCACGCGGAGGACAAGGUCCUCACUCUGAGGGCAAGGUUACUCACGCUGAGGACAAGGUUCUUCACGCUGAGAACAAGGUUCUUCACGCCGAGGAGAAGGUUCCUCACGCUGAGGACAAGGUACUUCCCGCUGAGGACAAUUUUCUUCACGCCGAGGCCAAGGUUCCUCACGCUGAGGACAAGGUUCCUCACGCUGAGGACAAGGUUCCUCACGCUGAGAGACAAGGUUCCUCACGCCGAGGACAAGGUUCCUCACGCUGAGGACAAGGUUCCUCACGCUGAGGACAAGGUUCCUCACGCUGAGAACAAGGUUCCUCACGCUGAGGAAGGUUCCUCACGCUGA